UGCAGCCCUGUCAGUUGUAUAACCUCAGCCGAAAAUCUUUUUAUUGUCGCUUGCAGCAGCUCGAAUUCGUACAAAUAAACCCAAAAUCAUGGCUGGCGAAGGCGAGAAACUGACCGGUCUGUCGAAAAUCUUCAAUGGCACUACCAUGUCCGGCCGUGCAAACGUGGCCAAGGCCACGUACGCCGUGAUGGGCCUGCUGAUCGCCUACCAGGUGCUGAAGCCCAAGAAGAAGUAGAGCCCGCUCCCAUGCGUGCCACUUCACCAGCUGAGGAUGAGGAAGAGCCGUCGUCAGACUCUGGAUCUAGUGCUGCCGGUAACAAGACCACUUGGCAGGCGUCCCCGGUGCGGGGGCGUGUAUAUUUUAUGUGUAGUGCAAGGCCUUGAAGGAAUAAAUAAGUUGAGAAUGUAACACACUGAA